ACGUGGCAAAAUAUUAUUGGAUAAACGUCUUUCUGGAAUCUAGAAGCAGACAAAAUAUAUAACCCACGCAUCAGCCGGGGGGAAGAGGUGCAUUUGAACUCUAUCACUAGACUGCUCUGUUUUUACUCUGUAUUUCAUAGAUCAGCGCAAGAGAGGGAGAGGGAAGCGAGAGACGGGGAGCAGAGAAAUCAAGAAGGUUAUCUCAGAUUUUGUCUCUCCGACGAAGAACAAGUUCGGAGACGAAGAAGAUUUGGGAGAUGGAGUUACUCGUCUGGUUCAGGUUGAGCACGAUAACCAGAUAAGGAAGGCAAUUUGUGUGGAUAGGUAAAGACGUAGAAGAAAAUGGUGGAUAUGGUGAAGGACACAUCACACUGGUGGUGGUUUGACAGUCGCAACAAUUCAAGGAGAUCCCCGUGGCUGGAAUCUACUCUUAAUGAGCUGGAUGCAAAGACAAAAGCAAUGCUGAAAUUGAUUGAGGAGGAUGCUGAUUCCUUUGCUCAACGAGCUGAAAUGUAUUACAAGAAACGGCCUGAGCUUAUUAGCAUGGUUGAAGAUUUUUAUCGUGCUCACCGCUCACUAGCUGAAAGAUAUGAUCUGGUUAAGCCAGAUGGUGGAGCUCGCCUGGUAACAACACUGGGGUCUCCAUUCUCUUCAACCAAGAGCUAUCUUGGGAAGUUAGUAAGCGCAAUGGAUCAACCUGAUGAUAUGUACUCAGAAAUUUCUGAGGAGGAGUAUGCUGAAUCAGAAGUUGAGGAUCCUGAGCAGGAGGAUGAGAUCCAGGUUGAGAAAGAUGCUGAAGAAGCUGAGUCGGAGCAGGAUGAUGGAAUUCAGUUUGAGCAAGAAAGGAAAGAAGAGAGAGUUCUGGGUGAGGUCUGUGAUGGAUUAUUGAACAAACUGAGGGAAGAUAUGCAAAGACUGGAAGAAGAAAACAAGAGGCAGAAUGAGAAACUGAUGCAGAAAGAAGAUGAAGUGACCCAAUUGAGAGGAGAAAUACGAAGACUGGAAGAAGGAAACAAGAAGGACCAACUGAUGCAGAAAGAUGAAAUGACCAAGUUAAUGGAAGAAAUACAUAGAUUGGAGGAGAAGAACAAGACUCAGAAAGAAAAACUGAUGCAGAAAGAUGGAGCAAGCAAGUUAAGGGAAGAAAUAAGGAGACUGAAAGAGGAAAACAAGAUUCAAAAAGAACAACUGGCACAGAAUGAGAAAUUAACCAACUUAUGGGAAGAAAUACUGAGACUGGAGGAGGAAAACAAGACCCAGAAGGAACAACUGAUGCAUAUUGGUGAAGUGGCCGAGUUAAAGGAAGAAAUUCGGAGACUGGAAGAAGAAAAUCUGACUCAGAAAGAUCACUUGUUCAUGCAGAAAGAUGGAGCAGCCAAUUUAAGGGACGAAAUAAAAAGACUGGAAGAAGAAAACAAGACUCAUGAAGAACGAUCAAUCAUACAGGAAGGUAAAAUGAUCAAGUUAAUGGAGGAAAUUCAGAAGCUGGAAGAGGAAAAUAAGACUUGGAAAGAACAACUGAUCGUGGAGGAAGGUGAAGUGACGAAGUUAAAGCAAGAAAUUCAGAAUCUGGAAGAAGAAGACAAGAUUCAGAAGGAACAACUGAUCAUGCAGAGGGACGAAGUAAUCAAGUUCAGGGAGGAAAUGCAUUACCUGGAAGAAGAAAACAAUGCCCAAAAGGAACAAUUAACCCGUCAGAAAGAUGGCGCAGCCAACUUAAGGGAUGAAAUUCAGAGACUGGGAAAAGAAAACAAGACUCAGAAAGAGCAAUUAAUCAUGCAGAAAGCUGAAGAUACCGAUUUAAGGGAUGAAAUA